GGACCCCUGUGGUCUUUGCCGAUCUCGACGAAGAUAAGCCACAUCAAGAAGUCGCUCCGCAUCGAGGACAGCGACAAACAAAGCUUCGGGCCUCGCCAAAAACUACGUCGGGCCACUCGGUGCCCGCCCGCUCUGGCUCUCGACCAAUUGUCACUCCGACGCCACCAGAUCCUUUGUCUGCUGACGCCCACAGGGCGCAAAAUAAUCGCGCCGAGUCGCAUCUCAUACUUCGAUGACACAGGUCAGUCGACCAUUUCACGGAGCAUUGGCGCUAUGGCACUCAGAACAGCGACAAGACAAAGGCGACCAUUAUUGGUGUCCUGUGCGUCGUCGCGGCCUUGCUUCGGCGAUCAGCUCCUUUCCGCCGAAAGCACACCAGAAGACCCAACCCUUGCACGACGUGAUGCCAAGUCUCACAACAUCAACCCAUCCGUGCUGAUCCAUUGUUCGCGAUCUUGCCCCCUUUCCAAUACAAUAUCUGCUUGUCCUCCAAUGGCUUCUUACCCGCUCUACCGCUGGCUUGCUUGCCUUCGACUGCCAACAGAAGGCGACGGUGAAGACAUCUCUCUAGGUGUCAAAUGCGCUCAAAUCCGUCUGCUUUCUGUUCACGGUGCGGACUCUGACGGCUCAAGCUAUCGCUACGCUUCUGGACGCGCUUCGUGUCUGGUCGUUCUCAUGACCACCCGGGUUGGGAGCGCGUUUCCGCAAUGACGAUCUGCUCAGGUCGCGCUCGUCAGCCCAUACAAGACGAGCAGCAGUGAUGAUGAGGUGCUUAGGAGAGCGGCAACCCUCGAGGUCACCUACAGCACGUGACUUUGCACUCGCUCUGAAGAUGUGUAAUUGGAGGUGUUGUCCUUCA